CAAGAUUCCCUCCAUAUUUUCUUGACCUUCUCCUUAAACGCCUCAUUCCUUUCUCAGACAACGUACGAGAAGAGCCCAACCUCACCAUGGCUUCUCCAGCCCAAAUCACUCCGACCGCCACCGCCGCCGCUAAACCACUGAUAACCCCAAUCAGAUCCCAAAUCAUCUCCGCCGCCACGCGCAGCGCCGUCAACUGCACCAGCCGCCGGGAGUUCAUCUCUCUUUCCUCCGGAAUACUCUGCAGCCACGGCAUCCUCUCCGCCGCCGUCGCCCGGGCAGCCUCCGACGAGGAAUACGUGAAGGAGACGACGGAGGUGAUCGGAAAGGUGAAGUCGACGGUGGAGAAGGAGAAGGGGGACCCGGAUAUAGUGGAUGCGGUGGCCGAUCUAAGGGAGGCUUCGAAUUCGUGGGUGGCCAAGUACCGGAGGGAGAAGGGGCUGCUCGGACGGCCAUCUUUCCGGGAUGUUUACUCGGCGCUCAACGCCAUCUCCGGGCAUUACGUGAGCUUUGGGCCGACGACCCCGAUUCCGGCCAAGAGGAAGCAGAGGAUCUUGGAGGAGGUGCAGAGUGCAGAGCAGGCAUUGCAAAGAGGAAGAUAAGGAUUAUACAUUAGAUAUUACUACUAUUCUGUCAAUUCUCAACUUUUAAUUUUAAUUUAUUUUUCUUGUUUCGGUUUGGAAUUCAAUUUUACUGCUCUAUGAUCGAUUGAUCGUAUUAUGUUUUUCUUUCAUUGGCUACAAGUUAAUGCAUCGGAUAAUUUAACUAUAUAGACCAUGUUUAGCUUCAUAUGCACUUCAAACCAUGCAAACAAAGUCAUAUAUGAGGCAGGUGAGGUCUUUAAUUGA